AUGGCCGACCCAGAUGUUGAUAUCAACGAGCUUGCCGAAUACGAAGAGAGUGAUCCAGAAGACAACGUACAAGAAACCAACGGGGGUUCCAAGAAUGUCUCUGCAAAGGAUACCCAUGUUGCCAUGCACAGCAGUGGUUUUAGAGAGUUCCUCUUAAAGCCAGAGUUGGAAAGAGUUAUUGGAGAUUGUGGUUUUGAACAUCCAUCCGAAGUUCAAAAUGAAUGUAUUCCACAGGCCAUCCUCGGUCACGAUGUCAUCUGUCAAGCCAAGUCUGGUAUGGGUAAGACUGCCGUCUUUGUUUUGUCUCUUCUUCAACAAAUUGACAAGAAUCCAUCUGGCGUUGUUGCUCUUGUUUUAUGUCAUACUAGAGAGCUUGCCUAUCAAAUUUGUGAUGAAUUUGAUAGAUUUGUCAAGUAUAUGCCACAAGUCAAGACUGCCGUCAUCUAUGGUGGUAUCCCAAUCAACACCCAAAAGGAACUCCUCAGAGACAAGCAACCAAAUAUUGUUAUCGGUACUCCAGGUCGUGUCCUCGCACUUGCCACUGACAAGUCACUCAGUCUCAAGAACGUCAAGCACUUUGUACUUGAUGAAUGUGACAGUUUGUUGGAAGCUUUAGACAUGAGAAAGGAUGUCCAAAAGAUCUUCAAGGCUACCCCAGCCUCCAAGCAAGUAAUGAUGUUUUCUGCUACUCUUAGUGAAAGCAUUCGUUCAGUUUGCAAGAAAUUUAUGAAUCAUCCAUUUGAAAUUUAUAUCAAUGAUGGUAGUAAAUUAACUUUACAUGGUCUCCAACAAUACUUUAUCAAACUCAAUGAAGACCAAAAGAACAAAAAGUUGGUCGAUUUGUUGGAUGGUUUAGAUUUCAACCAAAUCGUCAUUUUCGUAAAGAGCGUAGAGCGUGCUAAAUUACUCAACCAAAUUCUCUCUGACGUCGGUUUCUCUUCGAUCUGUAUUCAUCGUGGAUUAGAUCAACCAGAAAGAAUUGAACAAUACCGUAAAUUUAAGAACUUCCAAUCUCGUGUCAUGGUUGCCACCAACAUCUUUGGUAGAGGUAUUGAUAUUGAACGUGUCAAUGUCGUCAUCAACUAUGAUAUGGCCGAAUCACCAGAUACUUACCUCCAUCGUGUCGGUCGUGCCGGUCGUUUCGGUACCAAGGGUCUUGCCAUUUCUUUCAUCACCUCGCCAGAUGACCAAACCACUCUUGACACUGUCCAAUCCAAGUUUGUCGUCUCUGUCAAGGAUCUCCCAGAUACCAUUGAUCCAUCUACUUAUAUGAGUGGUUAA